CUACUGGCUAACUCGAGACCGUCUUCUGGAGACCUACUACCACUGGGCCGGCCGAAGAGUCCAGUUCUGCGAACGGCACGACCUUCUUCUCUCCUCUGCCAAACCCACGCCCCUGUUUGCUGAAGAUCCAGCACCCACUGCCUCCGACUUCAAGGUCGCCGACGACUUCCGCCAGCGCAUGCAUCUCAUUUCUCCUUUAAUUGACCUCACUUCCACGCGGUACUAUCGUAAGGACAGUGUCGACGCAUGGAAAAGCAAGGUGAGCCCGACUUACCCCUACCCUAACGUGUUCACGGUGAACAUGGCCCUACCGAAUGUCUGGUCCGACUUUACGGCGCCCGAGAAGGCUCGAAUCACGGUG